GUUACUAAUUUCAGACGGAAAAAGAAAACAGUUAUUAAUAAUGACCUACUCAGACUGUCAGGAUUAGCCAAAAAAUUAUUUCUCAUACUAGAGUUAUUGUUAAUAAAAUGAUAUUGCUACAACUAUAAUCAAGAUGAGUGUUUGGAAACGUUUACAACGUGUAGGAAAAUCAGCGUCAAAGUUUCAAUUUACUGCUUCUUUAACUGAUCUUGAAGUAGAAGUUACUAAAAAAUGGCAACCAAAUAAGAUUGGUGUUGUGUGGACUAGACGUAAUCGUAGGAAGUCAUCACAGGUAUUAACAUGGCAACCCUCUAUGAAGAAUCCAUAUUGUGGACAUGUCAGUUGGACUGUUCCAGAAAACCUGGAGAUUAUGGUCACUUUAUUUCGUGAUUCUCGACAAGCAGAAUAUGAAGAUAAGGAGUGGACAUUUGUUAUUGAAGAUCAAUCUAAAGGUCGUAGAAAGAUUUUAGCCAGUAAGUCGAUCAAUAUGAAGGAUUAUGCUACUCAGAUACCAUCACAGACCAAUAUUAAGAUUCGCUUUAAACCAGCAUCUAAGAAGGUUGUAUCAGCUACUCUAUGUUUAACAUUGUCUUGUGUUUUUCUGAGGGAAGGUAAAGCUACUGAUGAAGAUAUGCAGAGUGUUGCUAGUUUAAUGAGUAUUGGUAAAGCUGAUAUUGGUAACCUGGAUGAUUUAGAUGAAGAUGAUGAGGGCAAAGAAGAUUUAUCCUUUAAAAUAAAAGACUUGACGUCCCAGAUUGAUCAACUAGAAAGUAACCAUGGUAACCCUUUUAAUGAUGACAGCAUGGAGUAUGAUGACUGUUUAAAUCCUUUUGAUGAUUCUUCAACUGUAUUUGAAAAAUGUAAACCAAGAAAAACGAAACCUGCUCCUCCACCUCCAAAUCCAUUUGGUGAACCAGAUGAUGAGGAUGAGGAAGAAUCUAAAGAAGGAACUUCUAGCCUCAAUACAUCCUCUGUCUAUAGUUCUGUCUCAACAUCUUUAAACCCAUCACCACAGAAAAUCAUGCCUGCUAACCCUUUUGGGGAUUCUGGAGAAGAAGAAUGGCCUGAAGAUUCUCACAUGUCUAAAUCAUGUGAUGGGUUAAAAUCUUUAGAUGAGAAAACACCAGAAAGAAGUAAAUACAGUACUCUACCAGCAUCUCUUGCCAGUAAGAAGGACAAAGAAAACAAAAAACAAUUAACAUUGAAAAUGACUAAAUCUCUCUCCCCUGCUGAACGACCAAUUUAUGAAGGUACCCCUCCCUCUACCCCUGAAGAUGAAAAACCACAAAUUAGAGCUAUUACCCCUCCUGCUAUAGAAGUUUCUAUGAAUACUUCUAACAAUAGUAGAUCGUCUACAAUGGAUGUAACAGCAGAUAUUACUCCCCAUUCAAUGAAAGAGAUGGAAUCUCCUGUAAAAACUGUCAGUGAUCCAACAAUAGAUUUAUUAGAUUGGUGUAAACAAAUAACGAAAGAUUAUAAAGGAGUGAAAGUAACAAAUUUAACCACAUCAUGGAGGAAUGGUUUAGCAUUUUGUGCAAUAACUCAUCAUUUUAGACCAGAUCUCAUUGACUACUCAGCAUUAUCUCCACAUGACAUCAAAGGCAAUAACAAACUGGCAUUUGAUGCAGCUGCUAAACUUGGUAUACCCAAAUUGAUUGAACCAGCAGAUAUGGUAUUAUUGGCUGUGCCUGAUAAACUUAUUGUAAUGACAUAUCUACAUCAGUUACGAGCAUAUUUCACUGGUCAGACACUAGAGGUUCAACAACUGGGUGCCAGUACCAGUGAAUCAACUUAUACUCUUGGGGAUCAUGAUCAUCAGUCCGAUGAAAGAAUAAGUGAAGAAAUGUAUGGAAGCACAGCAGAUGAUAAAUCCCUUAAAUCACCUACAUCCCCAAGAUCAUUGAAAAUAAAAACACCAGUAGUAACCAGCAAACAAUCUCAUACCAAUAAUGAAUGUUUAGGUUUAAGUCCCAAUGAUACUUUUACUGAUUCUGAUAGUUGUGAAACUUCACCUGAACCAAGAUACAAGAAAAGGGCAGAUAAACACAUACACACCAGUGGUAAUGUUAAAACUGUGAUAGAAAGGAAAAAAAAGAAAGCACCAAGUCCGCCUAAAAGUGAUCCUGAUUCACCAGAUAAAUCAGUGUUAAUGACACGGAAUCAAUUAAUGAAUCCAUUUGAUUCUGAUGAUGAUGAAAUCAAUAAUGAUAUUACAGAGAGUACUGCUAGUCCCGAACCUGUAAAACCACAGAUUAAGCCUAGAAAACCCAGAUCUUCCGAGAAUUCAAAAUCCCUUACAGAUGAGGUAAAAAGGAAAUUACCAAAUACCCCAAGUAGUCCCAGGCCUAGUCCAGAUCAAACAGAAUCUCAGGCCAAACCACGUCAAAUGGAAUUGAAAGAACGAGCGCGUUUGUUACUGGAACAAGCAAGAAGAGAUACACUGGUUAGAUGCCAGUCUGCAGACAAUGAAAAACAGCCAAUCGAAACCAAGGUGCAGGAUGCAGCUAAUAUCAAUGAAGAAAGACAGAAACAUUUACGUGAACGAGCUCGUCAAUUGAUAGCAGAAGCUAGAGCUGGUAUAGGUCAACCGGAAACAGAGAUUAUAAUGUCUAACAGACCUGUAUCGUUUGAGAAAGUUCCAACCAAAUCAUAUAGAAUUAUCACAAGAAAAACAUUCUACAGGGAGAAGAACGAAAGUGAGGAGACCGAUGUAACACCACCUGUUUCAUCUGAAGUUGUAUUAAAGAAAUUAAAACUAGUCAAACCAAAUAUAUCUAUAAACCUAGAAGAUGUAAAUACAGAAUCAACAAAAAGUUCAGAUAAUUUACCAAGAAGAAGUAGAAGUUUAGAUGAUAAUUUAAGAGAGAAUGUUGACAAUAAAUUAGUUUCUCCAGACUCAGGUAGUUGUAAUGAUGGUAGUUUAGGUAGUGAUGGUGAACAAGAUGAUUCUGAUGGAUCAGAUAUUGGUCUACAGGUUACAUCUGAUGAAGAUCUUCGUGAUACUAAUCAGUAUGUCCGCUCUGAGAUGGAAGCUUUAGAAACAGAGCAAUACCAGAUUGACGAACAAGCUUCUAAAUUAGAAAAACAAUUAAGGAGGGUAAUGAACAAAGGUAAAAAUAAAGCUUUAGAGGAACAUUUAAUGCAGGAAUGGUUUAUGCUAGUCAAUAAAAGAAAUGCUUUAAUCAGACGACAAAUGCAACUUAACAUUCUAGAAAAGGAAGAUGAUUUAGAAAGAAGAUGUGAUUUAUUAAAACGAGAAUUACAAGCUAUGAUGGCCAUAGAUGAUUGGCAGAAGACGGAAGCCCAGAAGAAAAGAGAACGUUUAUUAUUAGAAGAAUUAGUUAAUGUUGUUGAUAAAAGAGAUGAAUUAGUACAGCAUCUUGAUACACAGGAACGAGCGAUUGAAGAAGAUGAACUAUUAGAUAAAAAAAUAUCAGAAGGAAGAAUUCCACUUGAUGAAGAAAAAUCAUGUUCCAUCCAAUAAUACUAGAAAAUUGCCAAGCUUCCAUUUUAUAGUUCCAUAUUAUAAAGUACAUUUAUCUUGUACAAUUUAAUUAGAUUGUAAAUGUAAUGUAUUAUUAGGAAUUAUGGUAUAUUUUUUUACUUCUUGAGUUUUUCAUCUUAGUAAGUAUUUUCUAUUCAAAUAAUUGGGGUAAGAUUUUUUUUUUUUUUAAAUAUAUUUUGGUGAGAGGUAUAAUGAUGGGUUUUGCUAGCUAUGAAAUAAUUUUUAUUAUAAUUAGGGUGUUAACAGUUUUAAGUAAACUGAAUCUCUGGGAUACUUGAUUAAAUGUUCAGGGAUUGAUAUCUCAAUUCCACCAAAGUUUACAAUCAAAUAAACACCAGUAUAGAGGACACAAUUUUUUAUUACUUAAUUAUUGAGUUCAAUCUGAUUAAAAUAGAGAUCGAUAUUUCGUUUCAUUUUUUAUACUUUUGAUGGCAUACACUACAUGAAGAUUUGACCAUUUGUACUGGGAGGUCGAGUCAGGUCAUACGAGCGGCUUUUGACCCUAUGACAUCAGACAUUUGAUUAACCAAUCAGCAUUGAUCUUUCUAGUGGAUUACCCACAGUUCUGUGCACCUCACAUCAAAAGCUCGCUGUAACAGACCGUUUCAUUGGCUAAUCCCUCACAUCAUCCAGAACACGUCAAUGAUAACAACUCUUGUAGUAAAGACACGUAAAACGAAAUGUAAUAGGAUCUGUGUUUUAAUCAGAUUCUGUUGAAUUGGAACCGUCUGGACAAUCCAGCAUUUAUCAAAGUGUACGUUUUCAACAAUUGAUAAACAUGGCUGGUCUAGUGAUAAUAACUUUAAUUUGUAAACUUUACAAUCUUAUUUUAAAGUGUGUAACUGAGUUUAUAUUUAUCCGAUUGACUUUUAAAUUAAAUGGUAUUUAUGUCCAAUUAUUGGACUCCAAUAUGUUAAAUAAUGAUAACAAUGGAUUUAAAUGGAAAAGUUGACAUUUAGGCCAAAGCAUUUAAUUUUUAUACGCCCACAUUGAAUGUGGUCGUAUAUUGUCCAUCCAUCCGUCUGUCGGUCCGGCGUCCAUAAUUGCUUGUGGACGCUCUAGAGGCUAAAGUUAAUAUAUGAUUGACUUUAAAUUAAACACAGUGUUUGUGGUCACGAGACAAAGAAUCCUUUUGAUUUUCAACAAUUUCCGAUCAUUACUGCCAGAGUUGUGGCCCUUGAUCACUUUUUAAAAAAUCUUGUGGUUGCUCUAGAGGCUAAGGUUAAUAUCCAGUUGACUUUAUACAUGUAUUUAUAUAGUGUUUAACGUCAAGAGACGAAGAAGUCUAUUGAUUUUCAACGAUUUCAGAUAAUUACUGCCAUAGUUUUGGCCCUUGAUCACUUUGAAAAAUCUUGUGGAUGCUCUAAAGACUAAAGUUAAUAUCCGAUUGAUUUUAUAUUUAUACAGUGUUUAACCCUUAACCAGUCGACGUCAUUUUGACGUCAAGUGUUCAGGCUAAAUAAAGGCUGACGUGAAAUAUGCCUAUUUCAAUCAACUACUGCCGAAUAAUUAUAAGUGAUAGACUCCAAUAAAAAAAUUUGAAGGGGAUAAGUUGAUCUAUAAUUUGCAAAUCAUUCUAAAUCCUUUUCAUCAGAAAUAUCGUCAUCAGAAUAUAAUCGUCAUCGAUAUAAUCUGAGUCGGAAUAAUUCAUAAGUAUUUCAACCACUUCGGUAAAUUACGUUUUUCGUCAAAAAAUGUUGAACAAAGACAUGUUUUUCUCAAUGCCCUUGACAAGACAAGUUCCUGUCUGACACGCAUGCGUGGCCAUAUCAAUUAAAUACGAAACUAAAUACUCAAAUGCUGCUUAUAAAAAAGGUUCUUGCUGUGGUCGACUUUAGUCAACCGUGACCACUUAGCUGUAUAACGUUGUGGUGAUUAUAGUCGACAAUGACCGGUUAAGGUUUAAGGUCAUGAGAUGAAGAAGCCUAUCGAUUUUCAACUAUCUCCAAUGAUUAUGACAAUUGAUAUUAAAUGUUUUGUAUGCUAAAUGUUAGAACAGGGCAAAACUAGAAGCCAAAUGGGUUGUUACUCAUAAUCAGAUUUUAGUGUGUUGUAAAUGUUUUCAUUUAUGACAAAAGAAAAAAAAUAUGCGACAAACCUUGUUGACUUCCCGGACAACUUAGCUGCUGUGGGCGUAUGUUUUGUUACCUAUAGUAGUUUACUACUAUAACAUCGCUAAAAGAAGCUGUGAUACCUGAUGUGUUUGUUUUGAGCUGCAAUUGGUUUCCCUUUGCAGGCUCAAUUUGUUUGUUAAUGCCUGUGACAUCUUGAACAUAAGAUAAUUCUAUAUUAUUUUGACAAAUCAACAUACACAGCCCAAUCUAUAGCGACACAACUUUAGCAUAACUGCAAAUAUUAUUGGUUAAAUUCAUCAAGUAGUGUUUUUCACCAAUUUUGACAUGUUAUUCAUAGUCAAGAUGCACCAAACGCAGACAUACUUAUUUUGUAUUUUAGACUUAAAAUUGUCAGUCUAGAUUUAAAAGUCAAGAUAGAACUCUAAGGUACUUUAUCUGGAGUUGUAUAAACAAUGUUUUGUUUAAAAUUUUAAGCCUUAAAAAUUUGGAAUUAAAAAGCUUUUUGUUUUUAGAUUUUUUUGUUCCUUUUUAAGAACAAAAUAAAAUUGGUAUGACCUUGUUUUCAAACUGACUAAAUAUAAUUCAUGGAAUAAUUUAUAUCCUUGAGAUAAUCUUUCUCUUAGCGAGUUCUGCUUUCUCUAUAAUUAUUAAAAUAUCUGAUGCAGGAUAUGGAGAAGAAAAAUGGCUGAGUACCCUUACUAGAUAUGUUGAUUUAUUUGUUGAAUUUCAUCUUGUUUUAGAAUUUGGCAUAUAUUAUGUAUAUUUGAUUAAAAAUUAUUUAUGUUCAAAUGUAAAUUAUGUUAAUCACAUAAUGUUUUGUGUGUUUUUGGUGCCAUUUAAUGUUAACCUGUUUUAGUGCUAUAUUAAGAUGGUGAAAGAUUACAAACUUUAAGUCUCAGAUUUUUGUUAAAAAAAAUAGAUAAAUUCUGCUUAAUGUCUUUUCUGGCCAAAUAGGAUUUUAAUUUAAGUUAAAAAAUUCAUAUAGUAUACAUAGUUUGGAAGGUAGGUAGCAUGGCAAGGCUUUCAUUUAGCAUAAUCAUAUCUGUGCAAGCAUUAAUAAAUAAUGUAUGGCAUUUUGAACUAUAAGAUUUGAUUAGCAUUAAGAAGUUGGAAUUUGACUAAAAUAUGUUUGUUUUAAAUAAAGAGAGUUGAACCAUAAAAUCUUAUUUAGUGUACAGAAUAACUGUAUUGAUUGAGUCAGAGAUAUAUUUCAUACUUGUCAUCCAUCUAUAUUAUACUAGAUGUUAUAGAUUCUACCGCUGUAAUUGAUUAGUUUGCUCUUUAAUAACUUAUUGUCAACUUUUAGCUCAACUGGCAUAAUAGUAAUAAUAUACUGUUUGUAAGCUCAUGUAUAUAUUAUAGUAAAACCAUUAACAAUGUAAAUAGUUUUAGUUUAUGAAGUAUAUGACCAAAUGUCUGUAAUAAAAAAAGGCUUUAAUUAAUGUACCACUGAACUAUGAACUAUCAGUGUAGACUUGUGUAAAGGAAAACUAUGUAAAAAUACUGUAAUUUGCAUAGAUAGUCCAUUAUGGUUUUCAGCAUAAACCUAAAAUGUCCUGUGUUUAGAAUACAACUAAAUAGAGUCCCUUCAUGGUAAUCUCUUGUUUUCAAAUUCAUCUUGUUUAAUUUAUUUAUUCAAACGCAAAACCUUAGGUUACCAGUUGAGAAAAUCAUUAAUGGCAUGAACAUUUAAAAUUUUGUAUAUAACAUAUAUUUGAAGUAAAUGUGUAUAAUCAACUUAUUGUACAUAAUAUUUAUAUAGUAGUAUUGUUUACAUUGUUUGUAUUCUAUACAUAUGUAUGGUGCUCUAUAACCAUACCUGUGAUACAUUAUGUGCUUAUUAUUUAUUGUUAAAUUUGUACUGGUAAAAACAGUUAUCGUUGAGUCUUUGUGGAAUUUUGAUGAAACAUAUACGAUCAGAAUAUUUUUGUGCAGAGAUUUGUAGAUUUGGUGUGAUUGUCACAGGUAUGGUUGUGUUUAUAACCCUUGUGUUGCUUCAAUUAUCUAUCAAUUAUUAUUCUUCAAAAUCUAUAUUCUGGAUCGAUAUAUGUUAUAUUUCAGUAAGGAGUGCAUGGUUAUUGAAUGAUUAUUAAUAUAUUCUAUGUUUAUGUUUGUAAAAACUAUGAUGAUAACAGAAAUUCUAUAUCAUAUCAACAUUAUUUCUUACCAUAGCAAUGUAGAAGAUGCAGUUAAUUCAUUAAAGGAGCAGUCACAGAUACAUUUAAUGAAUAAAACUGCUUAAUACUAUUACAAAAAUUUAUUCUUGCCUUGUAAAACUAUCUGGAGCUUUGUGAUAAUUAUUUGAAGAAAUAGAAAUGGAGUGUUUUAUUCUCAUUGGCAACACCUUUCUAAAUGGACAGUUACAACAUAAUUUUGGUGAUCAUUUGUGACAGGCUUAAUAUAUUUAAUAUUUGGAGUUGAAACUUUCAAAGUUCGUAAAUAUUUCUGUUUACUUUAAAGUUUUGACAUCUAAAAUGUUUAACAAAAACUAUAUGAAAUGUAACUCCAUAAAAAUAACUUUAGUCAAAUCGUCAAUUUCAAUUUUUUAAUUCUGGUUGGUUUCAUGGGGAGACAUAAACAUUAGAGAUUUACUAAUACUAAAUUGUAUGAAUGAAACUACUAGAUAUAAUAUAUUACACAUCAUUUCAAGAUCCAUCUUGACUUUAACAUGACAAAAACAAGUCUAGGUUGAAUUAUAAUUGGCUGAGAAACUUUAGCAUCCACAUUAAGUACAUUGCUGACAUCAUUUAUGAUGCUUGAUUUAUAAAAGUAAAAUACAAAGCAUCUUUUCUAUUUCAUAAACAAUUUCUAAUCUUUCAACUUUAUUAUAUUUCUCUUAUUUUGAUUUAACCCAGGGUUUAAUGUCUUGUAAUUAGUAUAAAAUUUGUUGACCGGACUAGUAGAACUGUAACCUUUAGAGGAACAUACAGUAGUUGUUUUUGUUUGGAUUUUUUGCUUAGUAGGUCGAAUGUCAUAAUAGUUUUGUCUCGGAGUUGUAUGGUGUUUGUAUAUCAGUUGGUAAAGGGUAGAUAUACCCAGCAUUUGUUUUGACAGUAAAGUACUGUUGGUAAUACAUGUAGUAGGCCAAACUUAUUAUUAGUUAUGUAAAUAUAGGGACAAAUAUAUAAACUAAGACUGAAAGAUACCUUCCCGUGUACAAACUAGGUGAUUUGAUUAUAUAUUUAAUUAAAAACAUAUUCAAACUAUAAUCUUAUCAAAAAUUUGCUGCAAAACCCCCCUCAAAACAUUGUAUUCGGGAGGAAAUACCCCAAUAUAUAUAUAAAAAAGUCUAUUUUUAGAAGACAUGUCUGUCCCGUAACUUGAUUGAGGAACGGCCCAUUUUCAGAAUGUAUUUGUCAGUACUUACUGUACGUUUACCAUACAUAUUGAAGCUUACGUAAAUUCUUGGUGUAUCUUCAUUUUCCACGGUUUAAUUGCUGAGUCUGUUGUACAUUUAAACCCCUCAAUGUUCCCCAAAACACUUAAUCAAUCAAGAUAUAACACCCGCUUCCUAAGUCAAGCUGGCAGACUACAUUAAUUACUAUUAAUAAAAAGAAUGAUAAUAGUAUAAUAUUAUUAAGUCUUAAGGAUUGAUUUUAAGUAACAAUUGAUUUACCUUUUACUGUAUAGCCUAUGCCAGAAACUCGUCCUGCAAUAAUAAUAUGUACAAUGGUUCUUGUAUGUGGUGUGCUAUAAAAUUGUGAUAUUUCUUGUAUAUGAAUAUUUUAUGCUGUUAAUGAUGUAUAGUGAAUAUUGUAUAUUAUGCUGUUAUAAUUGAUAUUGUACAUGUAAAGCCUUUUUAAGUGUGAAAAGUAGUUGUAUGGAAAGCAGUGAUGGUGUAUCAGGUUAUACUGAAAACUGAACACCCUACCACUGGCAAAAAACAGGAAUUAUGAUAAAAGUCUAAUAUAAGGGCAUAAUGAUGAAUAAUUAAACUGUUAAAACCAUUUAUGUUAUAAUUAAUGGAUGUCCCAAGAACAAAAUCUGUAAAAAAAGCUUUUAAUGGAUUUUAAUAAAUGGUUUAUCACUGA